AUUCACCUCAUGCAAUUAUCAUAGUGCAAUCUCUUUAUCAUGAAAGUGCAACUUACAAAUGUAGAUUUAUUUUUUGUACAUAGCUACACUCAAAAAUAAAACAAUAUAAAACUUUAGAGCUUACAAGUCCCACUCAGCCAAUUGUUAAGACAAACAUGUUUGUUUACUUUUACGGGAAAUAAUGCUGCCCACUUCUUAUUUACAAUGUCACCUGAAAGUGAGAACAGGUAUUCGCAUGGCGCUGCUGUAGCAUUGCAAAGUAUUUACAUGCCAACUAUGCUAAACAUUUGUAUGUCCCUUCAUGUUUUGACCACCAUUCCAUGAGCUCUGUAGGAAAACAUCAAAAAAAAUUUAUAAUACACUGAAAUUGGUAUUCUAUUAUUGUUUAACAGAGCGUGAUUAAUUUGAGUUAAUUUGUUUUGCGUUAAUUGCUUGAGUUAACUGUGAUUAAUUGAUAGCUAUAAUUCAAAUACAUGAAUGUACUGUAAAUGUGGAUUCAUUCAGUCUUUAACCUUUCAAGGCUUUUAGGCCUUGGGCAUGAUGGAAUCCACAUUUAAUGCAAAACUUAAACCUGUCUUUGGUCUUCAUUUACACUGUCCAUUUUGCCUUCCAAUUUAUGUGAUUAGAAGUGAAAAGAGGCAGGAUUUAUUUUUGUCUCUUUUUCAAAAGCAGGAUUGAGCCACUAAACACAACAGAGGUAAGAAGCUAGGUAAUCAUGUGUAUGUCAGAAGAUAUGAGAGAACUGCACAUCUAAUCAAUGACAACUCUUGUCAAACUUGUCAAUCCCCAACUGAGCAAAUUUUUGCCAGUGUAAUUGGCAGCAUCACAUACUCUUAUUACUGUGUUUUGUUAAGCAUGUGGCAAAGCAACAAAACAGUAUUGCAUUAUAGUUGCUAAAAGAGUGCAAAGCUACAGUAAAAUGAGUCUUUCAAGUGCUUGCAGUACCUACUUCCAAGACUCUUUGGGAAUAAGAACUAGCUAUAGGGGAAUUGGCAAUGGUCAGUCUGUUCACAGAUCCUGUCACAAAAAUCCCCACCUACCCAGAAGCAAGAGGUAGAGAGAGAAAAGACAGUUCUUUCUAUUAACAGCACAGCAUAUUAAUGAAUUUAAAAAAUAAGAGGGGGAGGGACAGCAGAGGUGAGGAUGCUAAUAGCUGCCAUAGUCCUAUAACAUUGGCUAGGGCUCCAGUUCUUUAGAACAAAUGUUCAAAGACCAGGGCUAUCCUCUAAAACUGUUGGUAGCUCUGAUUCAGGGCGUCCCUUUUAAAAUAAAGUAGUAUCCUGCUCUGGAAAGAUUGCUGUUUAUCAAUGAGAGUGCUAUAUCUGUUUAACAUAGGCUAUAUCACCUACUAGGACAAUAUUCUAUGCACAGAGGGGUGGAUUUGAAAAAACAAAAACUUAUUGGAGCAUCAUCUCUAACUCCUGUGAUCCUUUAUACAUGGAGACGCACGUUGCUGUAUAAAAGUUAACUGGUUCGUAAUUCCUUAUUUCUGUUGUAAAUAACUUUAAUUUUGAUAAAAUACGGGACACCACACUGGAGUGAAACGCAGGGCGCUGUGGGACUGGGAUGACUGAUGCCCCUGGCAAUGAGGUAAGGUUGAGAAGGUGCAACUGCUGAAUAAUGAUUUGUUUUCAAAAUGACUGUUUGAUUCUCAUUAACGGUGGAAAUCUACAAGUCCUGUGUUUGUCAGAGUUUAUUUAAACGAGAGCACCCCUCAAGUGUCAUCACGGGGCUAGGCAGGUGGCAAAUGUUAAGUACUGCUAACAAUCUCGCCCCAGCUCCCUUUCUCAGGCAGCAGCGAUCCUUUCCUCUCUCCCUGGGAGAGGCGUGGUGGUGACAGCGCUGGAGCAUGGCCAUUGCUCUCCUGCGAAGCGAAGCGCUUGGCUGGGCGGUGAGCCGGAGGAAUCCAGUCCGGGUUUUGGGGCAGAGGACUAACUGGCUGCCUGCAAGGAGCGGCGAGUAAAGCAGGAACGCACCGCUGCCGACAGCUGGGGCAGAGCAGAGGUGACGGGCAGGCCCGCGCCGAGGGCAGCGGGAGCAGGCAGGCAGCAUUAAGCGUGACAUGACCUUCACUACAUUUCAACAGGAUGACCUAAAAAACGACUUCAGUCAAAAAUUACCAGACCAACAAUUUCUCCUGUUGGCCAUGAGGGAGGAAGAUUUAAAAACUGCAGACACCAAAAAACCAAACAGAAUUCAUGAGCAUGAAAAAGAAAACACUCGUUCUGUCUGUCUUCUUGAACAGAAGCGUAAGGUUGUUUCUUCAAAUAUUGAUGUGCCUCCAGUAAGAAAAUCUUCAGAAGAACUGGACAUGGAUAAAGUGACAGCAGCUAUGGUACUAACCAGUUUAUCCACCAGCCCUUUGGUUCACAGCCCUCCUGUACGGCCCAAUGAAUCCCUGAAUGGAUCUUGGAAAGAAGGAGGAUUUGUGCCUUCUAGUACCAGCAGUAGUGGAUACUGGAGCUGGAGUGCACCCAGUGAUCAGUCCAAUCCAUCCACCCCAUCUCCGCCUCUGUCUGCCGAUAGCUUCAAACCCUUUCGAAUGCCCUCUCAGCCAGAUGAUAGUAUUGAUGAAGCUGAAACCAGUAAUCUCCUUUUUGACGAGCCCAUCCCUAGGAAGAGAAAGAACUCCAUGAAGGUAAUGUUCAAAUGCCUAUGGAAAAACUGUGGAAAGGUACUGAGCACAGCUGCAGGGAUUCAGAAACACAUCCGGACCAUUCAUCUUGGACGUGUAGGAGAGUCUGACUACAGUGAUGGAGAGGAAGAUUUUUACUACACAGAGAUCAGGCUCAACACAGACUCAGUAGCGGAUGGCUUAAGCAGCCUUUCUCCAGUCUCUCCAUCUCUAGGAUCUCCUCCUCCUUUCCCCACCCAAGAUGCAAACCGUCCUGAAACUUCAUGUGCCAAAACUGAGACUAAAUUGAUGACGCCUCUGAGCCGCUCAGCUCCUACCAAUCUCUACCUCAUACACACGGAUCAUGCUUACCAGGCCACUCCUCCAGUGAACAUUCCAGGGUCAACAAAGUUCACUCCCAAUGGCCGUAGCUUUAGCGUCUCUUGGCAGUCACCUCCAGUUACCUUCACGGGCAUUCCGGUCUCACCAACUCAUAAUCGUCCUGCAGGGACUGGAGAGCUGAAACAACAGAUCCACACAGUUCUCUCAUCACCGCCCAGAGUGUCAUUUGGCUUAAGGAAACCUAGAGGGGAGGGGAAAAAAUGCCGAAAAGUGUAUGGGAUGGAGAACCGAGAUAUGUGGUGUACUGCCUGCCGUUGGAAGAAAGCCUGCCAAAGGUUCGUCGACUAAAGACUGGAAGCAUGGAGGACCCAAGGGAUGUGAAGUACAAUAGCAGGAUCCUGUUGCUGCAGCUGCCCCUGCCUAUCCUCCAGUGCUGCCUUUUAAACAGACUUGUAUUUCAAAACAAAGCACUUGUAGCCAAGGAAAAGCACUUAGCAAAACCAGUGUGGAGCAAUAGAACAAAAAGUCUUAUCAAGUAUUGAACCCAGAGCAGCUAUUAAUGUUUUUCUUAAAACAAAAAAUAACUUGUUGCUAACUCGGAACUACUUGCUCCCCAUGACUGUUUUUUUAACAGUGUCAAUGUCUAUGCUGUGAACGUCUGUAUCAGUUGAACCAAGCACCGCAUCUUGCCCUGAAAUGAAGAUUUCUUUUCAAAAGCCUAAUUAACACUUUAAGACAUAUAAGCUACAGUUCACUCAACAGCACCCAUACCAAGAGUGGAACCUGUUAAAUAAGUCUGCUGAUGUGAAUGAUCUUGGUUGGAUCCCUCAUUUUCGGGUGUUUUUUUGAGGAUUUCAAAUCUUAAUAUGUCAGAAGGACUCCUGGAUGAUUUUUUAAAAGCAGUCACAAACCAGAACAAAAGAGUGGAGCUAAGUUUUAAAUUAGAUUGUAAUACUCCAGAGACAGAAAAAUGAUGGGAAAUCACCAGCAGAUCUCAGCCACAAGUAAGUCCAAGAUUUGAGGGAAGGCAUUUCAACGAUCAUUGAAACAUACAGGAAUAUAAUUUGGAUUCCAGUAUCUUUUCUUCUCACUGGUCCCUUUUCCUAGCAAUGGCCAUCUUAUGCUGCUGAAGCCCUAUUAAGAACUGGAUUAUACGUAAUAUCUAUUCAGAGAUGUGAGCCAACCCAGCAGUUCAACUCUUGCUUCCUUUUCUCCUAUGUAUAAGGUGGUUACUAAAUUAAUGGUUCACUCACUCAUUCCUUCCAUUAGCAAUGCCAAAUUUUAUUUGUGCAAAAAAUGUAUAGAAAACAAAAACACCCAAGAAGUGCUCCCAUUGCAUCAUCCCAGCAAGUGGAAUAUGACAGCAGUGGAGCAACAUAUGUAUGUGUUAAGUAAAGUCCUUUUUUAUUUAAAAAAAAGUCACUGAGGUCAGAAAUAGCCAAUUUUCAUGCAGAGGGCACUUUGAUAGAUGUGUGCGCUUUGGUGUAUUUAGUCCUUCAGGUUGUUAGAGAGUGUAAAUCCAGAAUGCUGAUGUUUUGUUAGAGGGUUUAAAUCCAGAAUGCUAGAUAGAUGAGGUUACUUAUACGUCAGUAGUUAUUUUAGUGAGAAAAUAAAGUAAAGCGGAAAUGCCAUAUGAAUGUGCGUCACCAACUCCUGCCUGUUUAAAAAGCAAAAUAAACCAUAGGUAUAGGCACCUAUCAUAUUAAUAGGGUUACACAGGCCCAGUACCAGCGGCACUUGUUUUUCAUGGAGUCUGAUAAACUGGAUCACAUAGCUUUCAUGACAGCAUUACUUAACUUGCACUGCUUCCUAUGCCCAUUUUAAGAACAAAAGCACACACUUUUGAACCUAGCAUAGAGUGUAAUGUUAAAGAAAAGGCAAUACAUGUUUGAAUGGAAAGAACAUAAGAAUAGUAAGAGACUGAUUUUUUUAAAACAAAUUAUUUGCUCUGUUGCAUGCUUAAUUUCAGCAUUAUUUCUGCAACUGUGUUUACAAAUCACGCAAUUUUCAUGCACAAGUGGCUAGUGAGGGUCACGUGCAUGCAUACAGUUACCUAUUUUUUAUGCACAACUGUGCACCUAACUUGUUUAGAAAAAUCAGACCCUAUAAUCCAGCCAGAAUAAUUUAUUUCAUGUUUUGUUUUAUUAACACAACAGAAGGUAAAGAUUGGCAGAUAUACAGCGCCAUCUGCACCCUAUUGUUUGCACUUCCUUAUCUUUUGGUGAAGUCAUAGGUCAUGGCUUUUCCUUCUGUGGUUUUUUUUCAAAGCUUUCUUUAGGGAAAUACCUCUUAGCAAUUUGUAACUGUUUCUAGUUACUUCCUUUUAAAUGCUGACCUUGUUGUCAGUGCCUUUACUAUGGUGGGACACAGUAUAUCCCUUGCUUCACUGAUAUCCCUCUUUAUUUCUUAAAGCCUCUCAAGAUGCUUAUAAAAUAAUUAUUAUGACCCCUGUUGGCCUCAUAUUCGUUACUUAUCCCCAUCAUUGUUCCCUUCUCUUUGUAUUCCCCUUCUCCCUUAUUUGCUCUGAUCUCUUGAAUUUUAAAGAGGAUUUUUAAAUAUAUUAUUGUAAUUGGUUUCUAAAAUGUUGUACAGCAUCAUGAGCACCUUGACAGGGGGCACUUUAUAAAUGAACAUAUUAAUUAAAUCAUAAAAUUUCCACAACAUGAGGCAAAUGCUGGUUGGCCCUAAGAACCAGGCACAGCACUCGUCCCAGCUGUAAUACUGGAGGAAAAUGAGUUAGAGAGAAGGCACAGAUCUUAUUAAUUGCAUGUAUACUCAGCUCACUCUGCUCUGGCUUGUGGAAAGAUCUACUGGGCAUGCUCAGAGGCUUCACAUAAACGUUAGCAAAGCCAUUCCUAUAACGUAAUUCACAUAGCCACUCCCACACUGCUAAUUUUAUAUCUAUUCUUAGAAAGAUAGGCACACAAAUAGACCACCAAAGCUGUGUUAUUGUCCACCUCUCAAAGUUACACACACUUUCAUUCUGUUCUUGAUAAGAGUAAGAUUAUUUACAAUAAGCUGCAUGAAUGGGCCCCUGCCUGGCCGAAGUGCUUGGCUCAUAUGUCUGUAUGGACUACUUCCCUACACUGUUUAACCACACCAAGUCACACUUCUCUGGAGGGUCUGUCAGGUGACCCCUGAUUUUUUCAGAGGAGUAAGAAUUUGGUGAUCGGUUUCCAACAUGCAUUCUCACAGUUGGCCAUGGGUUCUUUGGUAUGUGUGUACAUGCACCACUAGCAGCCAGAACAUGACCCUUAAAAUAUAAAUAUUGAAGGAUAUAUAUAAAAUUCUUUUAACCACUUAAUAGAAAUUAUGCUGGUGACAGAAGUUGGUACCACGUGAUCUUAUCAAACUUUUAUAUUGACAGAUACACCACUGGAUCCUAAUUUUUGCUGGAGUGACUUUCCUGCUACAGCAAAACAAAUGUCUUUUUGGGAAAAUGCCUGAAAAAAGGAAAUUUCAAGCAAAAGGAGAACAUUUUAGACAAGCAUUUUAAACAUGAUUAGCUUGUUUCUCUAGUCCUGCAUAAAAUGCCAAAUAUUGGAAAUAUAUAAAAAUUGGAUAAUCUUAUUCACAUAGCUGUUUCCAUCCAGGUCAAUUGAUCUGAUUCUGCACUGCCUUGCACCUUGUAUAGUCCUUUAUAGGUGUGCAAAGUAAGCAAAACUUCCAUUCUGAUUUGCAUAUUGACACCUACUUUUCAGAGGUGUCAGCUGCCAUUCAAGUUGGUGCAAACAUGCCCAUUGGGUCUAUCUGUGUGAAUAAGGUGAGCAGGCUUCAUACCUGGUCAGAGUCUAGGGCGGGACAUUUUAUGGAAUUCAAUCACCUAAUUGGGAUAUCUGAAUACUGAUUGUUUAGUGAUCAAUCAGGUCCCUGCCCCCCCUCCAGCUGUUUCGUUAGCAAUAAGCAAUGAUACUGCAAGAAGGCAGAGAUCUUUAUGGAACAUGUAUAUAGGCCAGUGUUACACGCUGAGACCUCUGUUUUUCCAGUAUUAGCCUGGCCACCAGCUUGCAUAUGUGAGCUCCAGGUGUCAUUCCAAACUGGGUAUCCUCCUGAAACCUGAGCCUGUUUCUUUCUCCAGUCCCACGCACUUAUAUUACACCCUCAAGUUUUCCCUGAGAGUGACACCCUACAUAGCAGCAUGAUGUCAUUCUACCCAUAUCUCCUUUGCUAUGGUCUGAUCAGGGACUAUCUAAAGAGAGAUCUUGCCUGGAGUUCUGGUGAAUUAAAUGUACAGAUGUAACCUAGAGGGCUUCCCUGCAGGUCUGUUACUCUCCCAUAGGUACAUUAAGAGAGCUGCUCAAGAACCUGGGAGAGGGAUGUGAAAUUAGGCAUCUCCUGGCCAGUUGGGAAGACUUAACAGGUUAUGAGGGUUUGUCCCCACUCUUGACUGGGCCAAACUCCACAGCAGUCAUCCCUACAAUCAAAUUAUACUGCUCUUCACUAUAACAGUGGUGGCUGGAAAGAGGUUACUAAAAUGACAUCUUGUUUUCUAUUUACACUUCACUGAACUUACCUAGAGGUAGCACUGCUGGAACUGAACUCUGAAGAGACAAAUGGAGCUAAUCCUAGACUACCAGGACUUAUCUUGUACAUAGUUGCUGCCUGUUCUAAAAGCAGUUAUAAAACAUUAUUGUAGUGGAGUUUUUGUUGUUGUGGGAUUCCAGAAGGAUUUUAUACCCCUUUAGCAAAAUAACGGAAAACUAGUCAAGUUGACAGUUUAGGUACGGAAGAUAGAUGCUAAAUUAAGCAACUUGUGGCGGCAGGAUCCUUGUGCUUCAAAAACCUUUUUCAAGGUUGCAAAAAGUGGUGUCUUGAAUUGUGGUUGAUAGCAUCUGCUUCCAGUAUUCCCCAUCUGGUACUACAGUGCUGUUUACAUAGACUUCUUUAUCAAAUGUCCAUCAUAUACAAGAUACAAGGAUUUUUCUGUGACUUUCAGCAGGACAAUUUCUUUCAUUAUCUGAAAAUCAAGCUUUGUUCUUUCUGCUUCGUACAGUACAUCAUCUCUAACCAGUCCAGAAAGAUUCUACAGUCAGAAGGUAGCUGGCACUAUUUUUGAUGAUGCACAGGCUGAAGAAGAAUACAGCUCACUCAUCCAUACCCUUGUUUACUCCACAUUGCUGACAGUAGUAAGAACUUGUUUUUGUCAAUAAACUGGUCAGAUAACACAUAAGGGAAUAGACAAAUGCAGUAACAAGCCACAGUUCAAUAGAACUGCUUUUCUAACCUUAAUCAAAUUUUAAGAAAAAAAAAAUUCUGGUAAAACCUUUGCAUCCAAGUUUGAGAUAACUAUUGUAUGUUUCCCUGAGAGAAAUAAAGAAAUAAUUAUAACAUGAAAAACAAAUUAGCAGUAGAAAUAUAAAUGUAGCUUUCCUAUUAUCUGGGACAACUCACAUAAAUCAGGAUUGCAAGAUUUUGUCCGAAUUCUUAAAAUCUAACCCAGUGCUACAAAGGAGCUCCUAAAUUACAUUUGUAAAUUCUCAAGGUUCAUCAUUGUUCCCCUCUAGGAAAUGUAAGAAUUUUGUCUUUCAUUUUACACUACUCUACUGUAGAAGAUAGGGAUAUCCCCGAGUUCUGAAUUUGUAUCCAGUCAUGUUAAGGAAGAGUUUUCCUCGCCAAUUAGUUAUUUCAAUAGCAAAUAGUAGUGCAGCAUUUGGUAUGUAAUGUUCAGAUAAACAGAAGUUACUAAGUGUACAUAGAGAAAUAUCUUGAGAAAAAUAACAAAGUUAUGUAAAUAAUAUGGAUUUCCUCAGGGAAAAUAAAAGGGCAGUAGAUGCAAAAAAUUGGUCUGUUUGAACCUACAAUUACUAAGAAUUUUAAUAUGUAUUUUAUUUUAUUUUUCUGGAUAGAAUUAUUUAAUGAAAUAAGGACUAUAUUACCAUUUGAAUUAUUAAAAUGAGAAAUGAGUGCUUAUUUGUGAUUUUUUCUUGCUAACACAGAGUAUUUAAGCCUGUGUGCUUCAAAUAUUAAAAGGAAAGAGGUUUUAGCUGAUGUAAAGUUAUGGGAACAGAGUUUGAAACACGACCUGAUACAAUAGAUGGUCUACAUAUUUGUAUAAAGCUUUCUAGAAUGUAUUGUAAACAUGAAGUCUUGUCGCUAUACAAUCACCCAGUUAAACAUGUGUUAUCUAUAACUGGAUUACUGUUCAUUUAAGUGGCUCACAACAAAAAUGUAUACUUUGUAGCAUGCUGUCCUGUAACUACUAAGUACUCUGGUUUGCAAGGUGCUAAUUUCCUUAUGGUGCACUUGAUGUUUAACUAGACCUUUUUCAUAUCUACUAGAGUACAAGCUUGAAUGAAACUCAAGAUCAUGCAUGCAAAUAAGAAAAUGCAUUUUAUUGAAAUACACACAGUUCUCAAAACUUCUCCAUUUGUACAUGAAGAAGUGACCCUUUUUUUUUGUUCCAUUGUAAUUUCUCCUUAUCAGAAUCUCUUUACAGAAUCUGUUAACAUCAUGACCAGGGAUCCAGCUGGGCAGACAUACACUCAAGUGAGUAAAAUCAUGCAUGUGCAUAAAUAUCUGAACAUUUUAAUAAAGUUCUUAGCUUUAUGUAAUUCUCAUGUGGACACUGUUAAUGAUAGCGACUGAUCUUUCUCUCAGAGUGUAGGUACGAUAAAUCUGCAUAGCAGGGCACAUUCAAAGUUUACUAGAGGUUGAAGAGAUGUAUUUCAGUAGCAGAAAAGCACUUAUGCAGAGCACAUGAGAGUCUCACCAAUGGGAUUAUUUAUAUGCUUAGAGUCUAAAUGUGCUUGCAUGCUUUGCUGACUCAGGACCAUAGAGACAUCUUAUUCUUAUAGUCUUGUUUUGAAAUAUAUUGCAAGACAACCUGGCCAUUUGUAAUUUUGUGCUGUUUGUUGUAGAUUCAGAAAUACUUUUACACUAAGAAAAGUCUAAUUCAGAGAACUGGCUUUUUAAGACACUGUUUAGAAUUCCAACAUUGCCCUGUCCCUCUCAAACUCAAAGAAAGCCUGUCAGAACACACACAUGACACAUACAGGUCACUGAUGACAUACAGUUUGAUCUCUGCAUUGCUUAUGCGCUCAACACACCCACUGACUUCAAUAGGAAUUCUGGGUGUACAGGAAACAAACGAUCAGGCCCAUAGUUCUUAGUUUGUCGGUUCACCUAAACUUUCAAAAUGCAAAUAUGUUUGUAUCAUCAUGACUGAUGUUGUUCUGUGUAAGUUUUAGUGUUUCUAAAAAGAUCUCAUAUUUAUUCUGGCAAGGAAACAGAUAGCAGCCUUCUUUAUACGAUGCAAUACUUGCUUACUAAACAAAGGGCUAAACUAUAGAACCAAGUGCUGCAAAGCAUGCUCUUUAAAGCUAACUUAUCAAUAACAAUAGGUUAGUACAGGCAAAACUUCAGAGCUGCAACAAUGCUGGCAUUAUUUUAUAUCAAUUUACUAAAAACUGUGAAACAAAACUCAGAUUCCAUGAAUGAUGCAAGAGAGUUGUUGCUUUAUACACCAACAGUGCACACACCGUAACAGAGCAGAAGAAAUAAUCCAGAACACCUGGGAGGAAUUAGAAAUAGCGACUUUCAAGUCUUUCUGAAAGGAAAAAAUGUUGCCCUUGGUAGCAUAGAGAUAAUUUAGUCUGAAAUUAACAUUUCAGUGUCAUGAAGACAAGCCUACUUCAUGGUCAUGCAUUCCAUGUUCUGAAAAGAGAUUUUGCUUGGUCUCUUGGGGGUUUUACAAUAUUUAUAGUCUCAGUUGUAAAGUUCUUAAAAUUGUCAACUAUUUAACUUGAAGAUGCAGUACAUUUUGACAACGAUUUCUGAAACACAGUCAUACCAGUUUGAGCCCGAUCCUACAAGGCAAUCUGCUCAGACUUCAGUGAGACCCUGUGCUAGAAAGGUCCUCAUAGAAAGAUCAUUUGCAAGCGCAUUGUUCACAGAUAGAAACGCUUCUCAUAGCUGGGGCAAUCAAAAGACAAGCCUUACAGAUGUUCUGAUACCAUGUCAUACACAGCUUUCACUAUGUUUUUUAAAGGGGCUUUGUCAUGUGGGUUAGCACCCACAAUUUAGAGAUUUUGGGAGGCAUUUAAACCAAACAAAAAACUCUUUUAGAAUUUUAAAAGGCAAUUUAAAGUAUUUGUUUUAAUUAGAUUUAUGAAUCCCCUGCAGAGCUAGCAACUCAUACAUUGCAGCACUGGGUGCUGGAACGUCAAACUGAUUCCUUAUCAAACUGAUUAAUAAUCUGAGGUAGCAGUUAUGGAGGGAAUGUUAAUUGUUUACAAAAAGAACAGCUCCAGAGCCAGAUGCUGCUCUUGCAGUGCAGGGCAACGAUAAAGCCAGUGGAUCCGGAUCCUGUGAAUUAUCUCUGGCUAGGGAAUCUUUGAGGUCCACAGAGCCACCAUAGCAGUUCCUGUGCCAAACCCCUUCCCCCCUCUUCUUCCCCCCCGCCCCAUCUGCUUCCCGGUAUAGAAGGGAUGCAGCCAAGGGAAGGAUGUCAUGGCCAGGUAUUCCUACACCCCCAUUAAAGCCUGGCUGACAGAAUCCCUCACAUAUGUAGCGCCACUGGCGUCAGAGACUGUCUGUAUGAGUUCAGUGAGCAGGAGCUGCACCAAAAUUUUGUGCUUUUUGUUGAGGACCAAAAACAAAUGCACCUGAAAAUGUCUGGCCUGAAAACUAAUGAAAUCCAACCAGGCUGGAGAAAUGUUCUCCCUGCCUAAGGACUGCCACUUUACCAAAAUCUGUGCCAGCCUUUAUCUUGGAUGGUGUUAUAGCCUUCACAGGCCCCUGCCAGACAAAAAACUCUAUGAUGGCCUCAAUCAUCCGAUAUUGCCUAGAGGGUCCAAAUGAUAUUAGCGGUGCUGCUAACAACACACAAUCACCUAUCCACUUACUAAAUAGCAUUCUUCCAGCUUUUCCCAGUUAUGCCCCAAACCAUUCAACUACUGGAGUAAUUCGUGGGAAACCCGUCUUCCCACACUGAAAAUAUUCCUUAAGGAAGUGAGGUACCACCGUAGGCAUGUGAGCGUAUUUUAUUAUCAAGCCACAUCUAACCCCCACUUAAAAGUGCUGGGGAAUUGCCAUUGUGUCUGCUUAAAGUCUCUGCUCCCUCAACAAAGCUUUGGCCAUGGCACUAUUAAUUGAUCCAGGAGUCACAGUGAGCAGCUUCAUCCAAAGUCAGUGGUAGCAUCACUCCAAGAGAAAGUAGAAUUCGGGGUGAACAAAGUAACAGCCUCAAAUAAUCAAGUGCAGACUCCUCAUGUGGAUGUGUAGGUAGGAGAAUAGCCCGUGUCUUACUGAGAUUCCAGCAUAGAGAUGUCCCACACUGAGCAAUCAUGCACCACAUUUCCUUAGCAGCAAGAAAGACACAGUCUCCCCUCCAAUUAAUAUACCUAUCUCAUAGAACUGGAAGGGACCCUUAAAGGUCAUCAAGUCCAGCCCCCUGCCUUCACUAGCAGGACCAAGUAAUGAUUUUUGCCCCAGAUCCCUAGGGUGGCCCCCACAAGGAUUGAACUCACAACCCUGCGUUUUUAGCAGGCCAGUGCUCAAACCACUGAGCUAUCCCUCCCCCCUCAUUCUGUUAACCAGAGUUAACUGAAGAUUAAGACAAGCAGCAGUCUCUUAAACAGGAUGUUUCCUUGCUUCACAUUUAAAGAAACAUGAUUAUCUUGGCUUUCUUCUAGGAGAAGGUUAAUGGGCAGACUCAGUUACAUAAGUACUACUUGAGGGAGGUUUGAGACAAGAAGUUAAGAUCUUAAUCCAAAUAUCCUCAGAACUGGAGCAUAGUAUGAUUUAAGUGUUUGUUUGGGCCUCUCUACUUAUUAUUGCACAAGAGUUGUGUCCAGUGUCUUGGAGAGGGUACAGUACUGAGGUUCUCAACGUUUUUCUUUCUGAGCCCCCCACCCCCACAUGCUGUAAAAACUCCAUACCCCACCUGUGCCACAACAACUGUUUUUCAGCACAUAAAAGCCAGGGCCACUGUUAGGGUUGCAAGCAGGGCAAGUGGGGCCCCACGAAACUAAGUUGCUCAGGCUUCGGGUGGCAGGGUUCAGGAUCCUGGGCUUCAAUUCUGCGCAACAGGGCUUUGGCUUUCUGCCCUGGGCCCCAGUGAGUCUAAGUCCAGCCCUGCUUGACGGACCCCCCUGAAACCUGCUCGUGGCCCACCAGGAGGCACCAGACCCCUGGUUGAGAACUGCAGGUAUAGUAGACUUCAUGCACUUUGUACCUUACAUUAUGCAGCCUGACAAUCUAGUUUGGUUACAUCUGGAUAACACUUCUCUAUCCAGAUACUUAUGGCCUCCUCACUGAGUACAGGUUCUUUUCUCCUGCCAGAAUAUUGUACUAUUUUCAAAUCACUUGUAAGUAGAAGAUAGUCAGUGAUCAACACCACUUUUAUUUACUGUUUUAUAAUGUAAUAGUCAAGAAACUUGCCAGAAAAGAUUAUUCAUUAGCUUAGGUCAUUUUUUUUCCUCUUAAGUACCUUAAAGCAAAUGUGAUUUGCAUAUUUAUUAAAAUGCUUUACUUAUUUGUAUACAUGUACAUUUUUAAGUAACUGUUGUAAAUUAAUUCAUGAAAAUGAGCCUUUCAUGGAUACCUUUAAGAUGAUUCUUUCUAUAGAGUAGGUCAGUCAAAACAACUACUGCUGGUUAUUUUAAAAUAAGAUUAAUAUAGCAAUAAUUAAUGCUAGCAUGUCUUGGGGAUGCAGGGAGAGCAGCACAUAUUGCACAUUCUCAAGUCCAUAUUAAACGACAGAGAAUUUUCUCUAGAGCCAAGAGAUCGGACGCUAGUGUCUAUCUUCAGUGCACAACUGCAGCGUAUUAUGGUUGUCAGUUGCACAAUUCAUAUAUUUUUACAAAACACUAUUAUAUUACAAUCCAAGACUUUACAUCAGUAUCAUGACUGAAUUGCGUUGUAGCUAGCUGAGGACCAAUCACACAGUCUUUUCUCAAGAGAAUAGUUCCUACUCAUGUGAACAGCCUCACUGAAGACAAUAGGACUACUCAUGCAAGUAAGGACUGUUAGAGUAAGGGUUGCAAGAUGAGGGCCCUUAGUUUUCACUUGACAUCAAUGACUAUUUGUCAGGAUGGGCAGGAAUGUUGUCCUUAGCCUCUGUUUGCCAGAAGCUGGAAGUGGGCCACGGGUGGAUCACUUGAUGAGUUCAUUCCCUCUGGGGCACCUGCCAUUGGCCACUGUCAGAGGACAGGAUACUGAGCUAAAUGGACCUGUGGUCUGACCCAGUAUGGCUGUUCUUAUGUUCACACAUUCCUCCAGAAGAACAAACAAACAAGAUUAUGCCAAAAAGCUGGCUAAGCAGAACUGUGGAGUCUCUUCCCCAUUAUUCUAGAAAACAGGAUUUUGCUAUCAGUAUUUAGGAGAGAAAGGAUGGUAUUGAGAAUAGGUGCUGGACUGGGGAUUUAGGAGAUCUUGGCUCAAUUUUGAUUUCUUGUGUAACUUUGGGCAAGUCACUUACGAUAAUCCCCCCCCCCCCACACACACACACAAUGACAUUACAGCCUCUCUCUUACCAUUUGUCUGUCCUGGCUAUUUAGACUGUAAUCUCUUUAGGGCAGGGCCUGACUCUUAUUUGUGUUUGCACACUGCUUAGCAUAAUGAAGCCUAAUGUUUAACCCUCCUACUAGUAGUAUUUCAUAUGAUUGGGCGGGGGGAGAAGAGAGAAGUGGGGACCGGUCAGUGGUUAGCCAAAUAAUCUUAUGUAAAAUGAGACGUAGGACCUCAGCUGUGCCAGGGCUCCAUUUGUCAUGGCUUUGAUGAGCAUCAAGGGUAGCUUUGAACUAUCUUUGUAAUCCCCUGACUGCAGGGGCUUCUAGGAGCCAGUUUUUGGCCCACGAUAUAAUGCAGGGAAGUCUGAGGUUCCUCUAAUUUUUGCUAGUUUGUAACAGCCCCUGAGUCCUUAUGUUGGCUGGAGAUUACAGGAAUGGAGCAAGCUAUGGCCGCUGGGACUGGUGGAGGUGGCACAGAGCUAGCUACACUGGCUCGAUGCCCCUCUGGGAUUUCCUGUGCUGAGGAGAAUCCUCAACUGGCUUGUUAGUGCAGCAUUCUAGCCCCUUUGCACCAUCAGAAUGGCAUAAAAAGGGGCAAAGGGGUAUAUAGGAUCUAGUCCAUAAUGUCAUUAAGGAACAAAUCUGUCCUAACCAACAUCAAAUUACACUAAGUUUUGUAACAUCUCACAACUAUGAAGAAGCACUUAAAUAAAAUUUUUUACCUUUUCUGUAAUAGAGGCAUCGUAUUUUAAUGUACAGAAAGAGAAUAUUAAUAUUAUAGACUUUAGUGUAAGCCAAAAGGCCAAAUAUUAGUCAGAAUUGGCCCAAUCUUGCCAUCCAUACGUGGGCAAAAUGCCUGAUAAAAUCAGUCGGUAUUUUGCCUGCAUUGGGACUGCAGGAUUCAGGUCCAUGUGUCCUUAUGAUUGAAUUUCCCUAUUGUAGGAAAACAAUCUCUGUUUAGUGUUUCUCAUCUAUUUCCUGCCAAAUGUUGCUUUGGAGACUGUAAAAUUUUGAAAUUUUAAAACAUAUUUCAAGAAGCAAUUCAGUCUUUUUUUUUAAACUAUAUUUUUAAAAAGUAUUUUCUCUUCCACUCUGUGCAAAAGAAGUGAUCUUUAAUUAGAUAAUUAAUUGUAUAUAUUUUUCCUACUUAUUAGCCAUGUAUUUUUAUAUUAAAAAAUAAUUGAGAAAUUGAUUUUUUAAAUCUUUUUUAUUAUUAUUACCAGCAUCUUGCAGAGCUUUGACCUAUAAUUUUUAGAAAUGAUCCUGAAAUAUGGAGAAAUCUGGUACCAAGCAAUUUUUAUUAAAUUAGUAAAAAAAAUGUAUAGUUUCUGGAUCAGAUGAGGUACUUUUUAAAUGGUGUAUACAUAAAUACUGUAGCUUCUGGAAUUAAUUGACAUUUGGUUGAUUCAGUACACAAAUGAGAUGAUACAGCUUUAAAAAGGAAUAUCUCCUAGCAAGUGGAAAAGGUGUAGCCCUGGAACUUGUAUAUACACAGAACUUCCACUGGUUAAGUAAACUAUAUUUUUUAAUUGGUUUGGUUGAACCGGUCCAAACUCCUUUGUGAUCAAUCUUUAUAAACCAGGUUUAAAUGGUUUUAAAAAACUGUCCACUAUGGAGUUGGCACUAGUUUAGCUGAAUUGAUUUAAAAACACACCCUUAGUUAAACCGGUGCAACUCUCUGCAUAGACUGGGUCCUGAUUAUUAAAAGGAAGCUGCAGAUCUUUACUCAUAUGAGUAUGAGUAAGAUCACAGAAGCCACUAACUACUCAUGUGAGUAAACAUUUGCAGGAUCAGCCCCUAACGGCUAUAUUAUCCAUCACUCCCCACAUGGAACUCUUUGCAUUAAAAAAAUAUCUGGCCCUAAAGCUACAUCCAGAUGCAUUUAAAGUUUGUUUGUUUUUUCCUUUUUUGUCUUUCAAGAUGAGCACCUGUUGCUUUAAAAAGCAAACAAGGAUCAUCAGAGCCCUCUGUAGGUGUUGUAGAACACACUGAAAAUAAACACUAUGUCUAAUUGUUUACCUCACCCAAACUGCGUUUAUUUCAGUUUCCAAAUCAUCCCUUGAACUUCAGAGCACUAGGAUCUACAGUGACUGGAAGCCAGAGCAAACUGGCUGGCUAAGAAAACUCUCUUUUGCCCCCUCCCUUUCCUUCCAAGGGCAGAUCCUUUCUAGGUUCCCCUCCCAUAAUACAAACACAACUGUCUGAGGUACUGUGGGAUCACCCUAUGCUUGGAAGGUCUUGAGAUUACAGCAUGGAAGCAGAAGGAAUCUAAACCCCUAAUUCUAUCCAAAAGAC